AUGCCUCCAGCGCUUCCCCCACAAGACGAUGAUGAGGCCUACGACUCCUCCGCCGAUUCAGAUUUCGCGGGCUCCCUCUCCCCUUCCUCUGGCGGAGAAAAUGAAUCCAGCGCAGAUGAGGCCGCAAAGCCCAAAGCGAGGGUUCAGAAACGGAAAGUCGACGCAGAUGGAGAUAUAGAGAUGGGGAGUGGAGACGAAGGCAUUAUAGCGCAGGGGCGAAAGAAGAGAAGGAAAAAGGGAAAGGGAAAGGGCAAGGGCAAAGGCAAGGGUAAACAGAAGGAAGGCGUUGAGCAAGAGGGAGACAACGAUGAUGAUGAAGAGGGACCUGAGGGUAUACGUGUACGACUACGGAGUGGUCGAGGAGGAGAGUUCGAAAAAAAAACACCCACGACAUCUCAAGCGACUGUUGAUGUAGAUUCGGUAUGGGCACGGAUGAACGCUCCCCAGACGAGCGACACCGGCCCCCCACCACCUCCAUUAGAAACCGAUCCCGAUACAAAGAAAGACCCUACUGCCUCUACAUCCGCAGUGGAUGGGGUCACCCAACAACCUUCAACCUCACAGCCCACAGCUCAACCCGAGGAAACUAUUACAAUCCCCAACACAUACACCUUCGCCGGCACAACCUACACCAACAGCAAAACCGUCCCUAUCUCCUCCCCCGAAGCAGUCGCCUACCUCAAAUCUAAAGACAAGGAAAAGCCCCCUCCAUCAUCAACCCACCACCGCCCUCUCGCCCGCAAGAACCUCCUCGAUCCCAACCCCACCAGCAGCAUCAAAGGCGUUCCUGCCUCCCGCCGCGCCGAUCUUCCCUCCACCAUCGGCGGCGUUGGCGCAAUCGAAGUGAUAGGGGAGCAGAAAGAGAGCAAAAAUUGGAAGUGGAAGCAGAAGAAGGAUGUUAAGCUAAAUACGGUGGAGAAAAGUAAAUUGGAUUGGGAGGCGGAGGUUGAGAGGCAGGGGAUUAGGGAGGAGCUGGAUCGCGCGGAGAAAGCGAAAGGGGGUUACCUGGGUAGGAUGGAAUUUCUUGGGCGGGUGGAUGAAGGGAGAGAGGAGAGAGAACGGGCUGUGAGGAUGGCGGGGAAGGGGUGA